CUAAAAUGAAGUUUCCCCAUCCAUCCUCCUGCCUUAACAAGAUUCCCUCUGCUCACUCACUCACUUCCCUCACAUGCUGUAUCAGAGCUCCCACCCAUCCCUUUCUCUCCUCCUUAUUUACCGUUUAGUUCUUCUUUCUUCUUCAAUAAACUCUCUUUCCCAAAUCUGGAGAUAGCAUCACACACACCACUUUAAGGAAAGGGGGAGAAGAGAGACUUCCAACUCUGCUCUUCCCUAAUUCUAUUUCUAUACUUGUUUUGGGGUUAAUGGGAGAUCCCUUUCAGUUUAUGGUGGAAGAGAUGGGUGAUUUGUGCCUGAUUUCCGAUAAUAAGAAAAAGAAAUGGAAGAGCCAUCCGCGUGACAAAUUCAAGUCCUUCCUCUUCAACCACCUGUUCUUGUUGGUUCAGGUGCUGCUUCUCACCUUUCCACUUGUUUCGGGCCAUCCAUGGGAUGGGGUGGUGGUGACUCAAGCAGAUUAUCAGGCACUCAAAGCCUUAAAACAUGAAUUCGUUGAUUUGAAAGGCGUUUUGAGUACCUGGAAUGACAGCGGUUUGGAAGCUUGUUCUGGUGGGUGGAUAGGAAUCAAGUGUGCUCGGGGACAGGUUAUUGCCAUUCAACUUCCAUGGAAGGGAUUGGGGGGCCGAAUCUCUGAGAAGAUAGGUCAGCUGCAAGCACUCCGGAGGAUUAGUCUCCAUGACAAUCUUCUUGUUGGCCCUGUCCCUACGUCGCUCGGGUUCCUUCCCAACCUUAGAGGUGUUUAUCUCUUCAAUAACAGGCUUUCAGGUUCAGUCCCGCCUUCUAUUGGCUACUGCCUUCUUCUUCAGACCCUUGAUGUCAGUAACAAUCUGCUCACUGGGACUAUUCCGCCUAGUCUGGCGAACUCCACCAAAUUAUACAGACUCAAUCUGAGCUUCAACUCAUUCUUUGGGUCAAUCCCGGUUAGUCUCACUCAAUCCCACUCUCUUAUUUUCCUUGCCCUUCAACAUAACAACCUCUCUGGUUCCAUUCCAAAUACUUGGGGUGGAACAGGGAAGAAUGUUUAUCAACUUCAGACCUUGACUCUUGAUCAAAAUCGUAUCUCGGGAGAUAUUCCUAUUUCUCUGAGUAAAUUGGGAAAGCUUGAAGGGAUUUCUCUGAGUCAUAACCAGAUUGAUGGGAUCAUACCUGAUGAAUUAGGAAGUCUCUCUAGGCUCCAAGUGCUAGAUUUGUCCAACAAUUCCAUUCAUGGAAGCUUGCCUGCUAGCCUUUCCAACCUCUCCUCUCUAGCUUUGUUGAAUCUUGAGGGCAAUCGCCUCAAUGGCAAUAUCCCAGAAGCCAUGGACAGGUUGCAAAAUCUGUCGGUAUUCAACCUGAAGAAUAAUCAAUUCGAAGGCCAAAUCCCUGCAACUAUUGGGAACAUCUCUGGCCUCACGCAAAUUGAAUUAUCUGGAAAUCAACUCAUUGGAGCAAUUCCGGAUUCACUAGCCAACCUUCCCAAUCUCAGCGAUUUCAGUGUUGCUUACAACAAUCUCUCCGGUUCUGUUCCAUCCCUCCUCUCCCAAAAGUUCAAUUCAAGCUCUUUUGUAGGGAACCUACAGCUAUGCGGGUACAGCAUUUCCACCCCAUGUCCUCCUCCACCUCAAAUUCUUUCACCUCCACCAAAACAAUAUCACCGCCGCAGACUAAGUACCAAGGACAUAAUUCUCAUAGCAGCAGGCGCUCUACUAGUAAUUCUGCUUCUACUAUGCUGUAUUUUGCUUUGUUGUUUGAUGAGGAAAAAGGCUGCUACAAAAGCAAAAGGUGGUAAAACAGCAGGCGGCUCUGCCACAGGGGGAGGCGAGAAGGCAGUUCCAGCAGUUGGGACUGAAGCUGAAUCUGGUGGUGGUGGUGAAACUGGUGGAAAACUAGUCCAUUUUGAUGGGCCAUUUGUGUUCACAGCCGAUGAUCUGCUGUGCGCAACAGCAGAGAUAAUGGGGAAGAGCACUUAUGGGACUUCAUACAAGGCAACACUGGAAGAUGGUAACCAAGUUGCAGUUAAGAGGUUAAGGGAGAAGAUUGCAAAAGGCCAUAAGGAGUUUGAGACUGAGGUUGCUGCUCUCGGAAAGAUCAGACACCCAAAUCUCUUAGCUCUCAGAGCUUAUUACAUGGGACCCAAAGGAGAGAAGCUCCUUGUCUUUGAUUACAUGCCUAAAGGGAGUCUUUCAUCCUUCCUUCACGCUCGUGGGCCUGAAACCGUGAUCAGUUGGCCAACAAGGAUGAACAUAGCCAUGGGCAUCACGCGUGGCCUUUGCUACCUCCAUGCUCAAGAGAACAUAACACAUGGGCAUCUCACUUCGAGCAACAUACUACUUGAUGAGCAAACCAAUGCUCAUAUUGCGGACUACGGCCUGUCCAGGCUUAUGACAACUGCAGCCAACACCAAUGUUUUUGCCACUGCAGGAGCACUAGGCUACCGAGCACCAGAGCUUUCAAAGAUAAAGAAGGCCAAUACCAAGAGUGAUGUCUACAGCCUUGGGGUAAUCAUAUUGGAACUCUUAACAGGGAAGUCUCCAGGUGAGGAAAUGGAUGGAGGGGUGGAUUUACCCCAGUGGGUAGCAUCAAUCGUAAAGGAGGAGUGGACAAAUGAAGUAUUCGACUUGGAGCUGAUGAGAGAUGCAUCAACCACAGGUGAUGAGUUGCUUAACACAUUGAAAUUAGGUCUGCACUGCGUUGACCCUUCGCCUGCUGCACGCCCGGACGUUCAACAAGUUCUCCAGCAACUGGAAGAGAUUAAGCCAGAGCUGGGAGCCACUUCUGUUGAUGAUGGAACCAAAGUCCCCCCCUUGACAAACGAAUAAGAAUAAAUGGUUGGGUUGGUUGGAUAGUGUUGAAAUUCAUUCUUUAAUUCUUGGGAUUUAAUUUUGGUAGUUGCUUUAUUGUCUGUGUGUAAAUACAAGUCUAUAUGUUUUUGUCUGGCGUAAGUAUUCUUUUUUGAUCAUGGAAAGUAAUAAUUCUGGGUUCAUGUUGAACAGUUAUGAAAUUCUGUAGCUUCUUUUACUUGGGUUAUAUAAUGAAGAUUAUUGAAUUUUCCUUCA